AACCUUAAUCAUGUCAAUUUACAAGUUAUUAUUAAUAACAAGCAUAUUAAUGUUAAACAUAAAAUGUAUUAAAUUACUAAGUAAAGAAAUUUAAUAAAUAGUGUGAUUGAGUUUGUCAAACAUAAUAAUAUACCAACAAAAGUUAAUUUAUUAUUAAAAUGUUGGCAAAGAAACCAGAUAAAUAAUUUUAUAACCAAUUUAUCUGAUGUGGAUAUUUCAUCAGGAGUUAUUACAUUAAACGGUCAAAAAUGGAGUCAAAAAUUUCAACAAAUGGAACUUUUUGUUAUGGAUUACGACUGUUACAAUUAUACAGAUAUAUUACAACAGAAUGAAGACCUGCUGCAAUUCCCACAUCGUUGGUUUAUUUUCAUCAACAAUAUAACUGCAUUCCCUCUUUUAGACAUUAGACUCAAUACAAGACUCUACCUUCUUCAAAAACAACCCCCACACAUAUUAAUAUCUUCUUAUUUAAUUCCUAAUCAAUCUACUUAUGAAUUAAAUUCAAUUGGAACAUGGUCCAAUGAUCACUACACUCACCCAUUGAAUGAUAUCUCCGACUAUAGAAAUAGAACCAAUAUGAAAGGUCUUACUCUCAAUACAACAAUUGUUCUGGUCUAUCCACGAACCUUAGACCAUCUUGAAGAUGGCCGUUAUUUGCUGGAAGACUCCUUGACGAAACACAACUAUCCUCUGUUACAUUACCUCAUGGAUUUUAUGAACUCCACACUGAAUAUAAAAUGGUCGCCUGGCUGGGGUACCAAGGAACCCAACAGCAGUAACUAUAAUUUUAUGUGUGGUGACUUGCAAACUGGUGUUUCUGAUCUGGCUGGUACAGCAACCUUAGUGACUACAGAUAGGUUACGCGUUGGUGAUUACAUUGCUUGCCCCACACCUACACUUGUAGUGUUUAUCUUGAAAGCACCUCCACUUGCUGUGGUGUCUAAUAUUCUCACCAAACCAUUCGAUUGGUACGUUUGGACAUGCCUAGGUGUGUUAGUCCUAAUUGUCUUUGUUAUAACUUGGGUUGUCAUCAAACUGGAAUGGAAGUUUAUCAAAAGCAAUGAAAAUUAUAAUGAAAAAACUGUUUUACGAGAAAAUGUCCUCGAUGUGGUCGAAUAUGAAGUCGCGGCAUUCUGCCAACAAGAUAUGAAUAUACCAAGAAGUUUAUCUGGGAAAAUUAUAACAAUUUGUGUGUCUUUAUCGUUUUUCUUCAUCUACACAGCAUAUUCUGCGUGUAUUGUUGGUUUACUACAAAGUACCAGCAAUACAGUUACGAGUAUUGAAGAUUUAUUGUAUUCAAAUAUUAAAUUAGGAGCUCAUAAAGCACCUUAUAUGAAAUUUUUCUUUCAGCAACAACAUGGAAAAAUCAAGGAAACACUCUUCAAUCAGAAGAUAGCGCCACCAAACCAACCCGAGAAUUAUUUACCAGUUGAAGUUGGUGUGGAGUUAAUGAGAACGGAGUUCUUUGCAUUUCACGGUGAACGUGAUACAAUUUACAAACAAAUUUCAAAGACGUAUACUGAACACGAAAAAUGUGGAUUGGUUGAGAUAAAAUUCUUCAGUGAAGUGGAACCUCACAUGUUUAUCAGGAAGAAAUUAUAUUACAAAGAAAUUGUUGCAAUUGCAUAUCGUAAGUUUAAAAAAAUGGAAUAGAAAAACGUUUAGAGAGGAAAAUCUACAUAAGGAAACCAAAGUGCAAUCGUGCAAUCGGAAGUUUCCAGAGUGCUGGAUUACAUGAUUCAUAUUUCAUGUUCUUGUGUUUUGCAAUUGGACUUUGCGUCUCCAUUUUGUUGUUAAUCAUAGAAAAUAUUAUACACGU